GACCCAUUACAAAACAGUCCACUCCCUUUUUUAACCCUAAAUUAGAUUAUGUUUUUUCCCCCAAAUCAUCAUCUCCCUGACCUCACCACUCUUCCUCCAUUUUUCUGGUGACAAUCACCAGUCGGCCUCCCUAUCAAUCACGGUGGGUCACCAACCAACACCCCUCUCUUCUACACCAUUCACGUUUGUAUCUCCACCACCAAGCCCUCUCUCCGCCAUUCAUGGAUGCAUCACCACCAACAGCCACGAUUAUAACAUAAAAUGAAGAACAAUAUGGAAAAUCAAGAUUCCAAGGAAUAUUUUUCGGCAACAGUAACUUUGAAGAAUAAUGUAAGGGUAUUCAAAAACAUCAAAGAGAAACUUACGCCUGGCCAGAGAAAGUUGUUUGAGACUACUUGUUUUGGACCCUGGUUGCAAGUGCAACACCCAAAUGGAGAUCCAUUGUUGUGUCAUUUAAUUUUGCAAAGCAUGAUAGAUGAUGUACCACCCGAGGGAUUGGCAUGGCACCCUUCUGAUAUGUGGUUUCAUUUCCCUCCGGCAUAUACUCGUUUUGGCCGUGAAGAGUUUUGUCUGGUCACAGGUUUACGAUUUGGACGACAUGACACAUUUAGUUCGUACACCAAACAUAUCACCAAAGCAUUAUGGCCCGAGAAAGUUUUUACUGAUUUAGGAAAUGUUAAAAAAGUGAAAAUCAUGGAUUUGAAAAGAUCAUUCGACAAACUUGAUUUUAAAAAGAUGAAUGACAUUGAUGUUGUCCGGCUAUGCCUUUUGUAUGCCGUUGAUGUUGGUUUUCUAGGAAGACAAGACUCUCAACCCAUUUCUAAGGAUUUGUUAUUGUUGGCGGAGAAUCUAGAUGCAUGGAACUUAUUUCCAUGGGGCUCAUAUAUAUGGGAAUUUACUCGGAAACAAUUAUCCACGGCUAUCGUUAAGCGUCCGCAUGUGCAUCAAAAUGGAGUCAAAUACACUUUGUCAAGAUUUGUUUGGGCGUUUAAGAUAUGGAUACUUGAAGCAUUUCCUAGUAUGCGUUCUUUUACCAUGAAGAUGUCAUCCAAAGAUAUACCGGAUAUUCCAAGGGCUAUUGCUUGGAAGAGGAAGAAGCAAUUGAAUUGGACUGAGUUAGUAACCCACGCGUCGAUCAAUGAUAAGGAAGAUAUCCCGGUCCAAACAUUGACGCCCACCGAGGCCGAGGCUGCUACCGAGUGGUGGCAAGCUAGCAAACGUUUUUUCGAUGGGACGGAUGAUCAGGAUCUCUCGGUAUUUGAGGAUAGAGAUGGUGGUCCAGAUGACUCCUCACCAUGGCACCGAGAGAAAUCACCUUAUCAAGACAAUUCUCCUAGAGAUCAAUCACCUCAAAAAUCUGAUUUUCCAUAUAGAAAGAAGCAACGCAUACAUAUGUCUCCCCGUUCUCCACCUUUACGAGAUGAAUCUGCCACAUCUGGCCCUCUGAUAAAUACUCUGCUUGAUGAGGUAUGGGAACUCAGGGAGAUAGUUUCUCUUGUUUCACCCUUGCAAAAGGAGGUGCGUCUGUUAGAAGAUAAAGUUUCAUCAUUGCAAGAAGAAGUGAGAGUUUUACAGGCCGAGAGGCCUCAAGAUUUUUUGCAUGAUGACCGAUACUAUUCUGAGCCAGACCAACCAUCUGCACUAGGUGUAAGACGAGGAUCACGUGUCAGAUAUCUUGGAGCUGCCUACAAGUCACCAUACACGGAAUUAGGUCGAAGAAAAAUAAAGAAGCAGAAUCUGUCUCCUCUUAUUGUUGAGGCUAGUCAGGCUAGUCAUGCACCAACUCAGGCUCCUGUUAGCACGCCUGUACAACCCCAGAAAAAAAAAGAAGCAAAUGUGUUGCUGAUAAACCACCUACGAAGAAGCCUAUCCCGUCUCCUGCUAUUGUUGAGGUCGGUCAGGCUAGUCAUGCACGUGUUAGCACACCUGUUCAACCCAUAACAAUCAACUGUCGUGUUGAUAAACCACCUAUGGUGAAUGAUAUGCGGGACCCAAUAUGGCUUUCAUAUAAGUUAUCAACCAGUACCAUUCCCGUGGGCAAGAGAUGCAUACUUCCGGUCACAAUCAAGGAUAAAACCGCCUGGGCUAAGAAUGCAGUUGAUUUUUAUCUUCAUGAGCUGGGACAGGGGUGCUAUGUGGACUUAUAUGUGGACUUAUGUCGAAUGAGAGAUACAAAAUUGCUUCUUGAGCGGUUGUGGUGGGGUAUUUUACUAGGGGUUGAAAGAAAUGGCUAUCUUGAGGAUGUGCAUAUUGAUGCAUGGAUGACACGACUUCAAAUUUUGCGAAAAUUUGGGAAAUAUGGGAAAGUGGAAGACAAACGAUGGACUAUCAUGCCUUCGUGUUUUAGUCAAGUUCUGUUGGAGGCACCGUCAGCUAGCUCAUGCGGAAUAGCUAAUGGAGAAAAUGCAAUUUAUGCUAAAUGGUGGGAAGUUGAUAAGGUGUAUAUCCCUCUCUGCUUACGUAAACACUGGUUUCUGGUUGAGCUUCAACUCCCGUCAUUAAAGGCGGUGGUAUAUGAUAGCAUGCUCGGUUACAUAAACGAGGGUGACUUGGAUAAUAUUUGUACUAGAUGGACAAAUCUUCUCCCUAAAUACCUGGAUAAUCUUUCUUAUUGGGUAAGAUCUGGAAACGAGAAGCCCAAAGAGUUUGAGGUUAUAAUGACGACAGACAUGACAAUGCCACAACAAGCAAAAAUUGCAAGAGGAGAUUGUGGUCCAUUUGUAUGUAUGUGGUUGGAAAGGGCCGCGAAAGACAUGGAUUUCCAUAUUCCGGGAGAUAUAAAUAAAGGUGCAUUUGGGUUGUUUUACCGACAUUAUAUGGCUAGAGAGUUUUAUUCAAGGCGUAUCCUACCUUGAUGACAUGGGUGCAACACGAGUGGCAGAAGAAACAAAGAAUAGGGUGUUGGUAAUUUUUUGGAAUAUCGAAUGGCAGAAGAAACAACAUGUUUUGAACUAUUAGUGGUGGUUGUAUUUUGUAGGAUCUGCUCAACUAUUAUGUAUAGGGCUGCCCCAUCUUUAGUUUCAUCUUUUUUGCUCAUGUUUUGAACAAUCUGCUCCACUAUUAGUGUACAAUAUAUAUGGCUGUCCCAUUGCUAGUUACUGUU